GAGCGAAGGGGGCGGGGCCUUCCAGGUGCGUGGGCCGGCCAGUCACUCAGGGCUCGGGCAUGAGCUGGCGGUGCUACCCGUGAGUGGAGUGCGUCCGGCUGGCUGUCAAGUGCGUGGUUGGGGGUUCGGUUUGGGCCAUGGCCUCCGAGAAACCGCUCGUCGCCAUCACUUGCACCGCCCCCACCAACAUCGCGGUCAUCAAGUACUGGGGAAAACGUGAUGAAAAACUGAUUUUGCCCAUCAAUUCCUCACUGAGUGUCACUCUGCACCAAAAUCAGUUAAAAACCACCACGACAGCAGCCAUCAGCCGGGACUUCAAAGAGGACCGAAUCUGGCUGAAUGGCAAGGAGGAGGAUGUGGGGCACCCACGGUUACAGUCCUGCCUUCGAGAGAUCCGUCGCCUAGCUCGCAAAAGGAGGAGCGGGAGUGAUGGCGAUUCUGUUCCUCUUUCCUACAAGGUGCACAUUGCCUCCGUGAAUGACUUCCCCACAGCAGCAGGCCUGGCCUCCUCAGCAGCGGGGUACGCCUGCCUCGUCUAUACUCUGGCCCAGCUCUAUGGAGUCGAGAGUGAGCUCUCAGAAGUGGCCCGGCAAGGCUCGGGCAGUGCUUGCCGGAGCAUGUUGGGUGGCUUCGUGCAGUGGCACAUGGGAGAAAGGCCUGAUGGCAAGGACAGCAUCGCCCAGCAGGUUGCACCAGAGUCCCAUUGGCCAGAGCUCCGAGUGCUUGUUCUGGUGGUGAGUGCUGAAAGAAAACCAGUGGCCAGUACGGCUGGAAUGCAGACCAGCGUAGAAACCAGCCCUCUGCUCAAAUUUCGGGCUGAGUCUGUGGUGCCAGGGAGGAUGGCAGAGAUGGUGCGGUGCAUCAAGGAGCGGGACUUUGAGGGGUUUGGCCAGCUAACCAUGAAGGACAGCAACCAAUUCCAUGCCACUUGCCUGGACACCUUCCCUCCCAUUUGUUACCUCAGUGACACAUCUCGGCAGAUCAUCGGCCUGGUCCACUGCUUCAAUGCCCACUACGGCAAGACUAAGGUGGCGUACACCUUUGAUGCCGGUCCCAAUGCCGUGAUCUUCACCCUGGAAGACACAGUGGCUGAAUUUGUCGCUGUCAUAAAACAGAUCUUCCCCCCAGAGAUGAAUGGAGACAAGUUCCUGAAAGGCUUGGCAGUAGAGCCUGCUGAGCUCUCAGAAGAGCUAAAAUCUGCUUUGGCCGUGGAGCCGUCUCCUGGAGGAAUCAGAUAUGUCAUUGCCACUCAGGUGGGGCCUGGACCACAGGUCCUGGAAGAUCCCCAGCAGCAGCUCCUGGGCCCCAAUGGCCUGCCCAAGCUGGCAUCCUGAGCGUGUACUAUCUCAAGGUGUCGUGCACCUCAGGGAGAUGGAGCCAAAUGGGGAGCAUUGUUGCAACUUCUGGUUAUACUAUCAGGGAUUGGCUUGGCAGGACUCUGGCUGCUUUCCCAGUUUCUGUACCUGACUGGAAAAAUAUUGUCAGGCAGGGGAUUUUGUCAAAGGUGCCACUAGCAAGGACUUGUGCAUUGGAAACUGGGAUGCUUGACUGUCAGCUGCUCCAACCUCUAGUGGCAGAGGCGGCGGUUGUUGUCCUUCCCAUGGUGUCUGUCACCUCACUCCCCCGUGUGCAGAUUGUAGAGGUGGUGUCUUUGUGGCGGGGACCCCAGACAGCCCUGUGCAUAGCCCAUCCAAGCCAAACAGCUAUCGGGCAGGAGUGACACCAGAUCCUGUGAGAGCCAGUGGUGGAGGGUCUUGUUCCUCUCUGACUCUUCCUCCAAAGCCGUCCUUGCUGCUCUUCAACAAAGUCCACAGAGGAAAAAAGUGAUCAGUCUUUUCUGCUAGACUGUUGUCGACAGUUCUUGAUCUGUAUUAAAUGCAUGGGAGUGUGCCACCUACCAGCCCCUCGGGAGCCCGCAGAGGGAGGGUACUUCUUGGGGCGGUGGCCUGGAGGGCCAAUCUUUGCCAAAUUUUGCUUGGGUGUUCCAGAAUUUAACAUGAAGCCACUGAAUAUGAGUUUAAUUUUCUUUAAAAAAACCGAUUAAUUUAAAAUGAUCUCCAAGUGGUCUUUCUUUGAAGCCAGUGAUGGCGUGUUAACCUUGGGCAUCUGCUCCCUUGCUCCACACACCUAAAAGGUGGUUGUUGGCAUUAAUCUUGAGUGGGACGUGAGGUUCUGCAAGGAUAACUGACUUGCCUUUGGAUCUGUGUUCAAAUUUCUGUAGGAACAAGCCCCUUCCCGUUGGCUCCCAGAAUGGAGCUCUCUUCCAUUAUUACCAGACUUUGGGGAAGAGGAUGGGUGAUGUCAGCAGAGGCAGGGUUCAGCUUCGCCCCAGAAAUAGAAGUCGAUUACUUCACCCCAGAAAGAAGUGCUAUUGUGUCCUCUCUUAUCUCGCGUUGUGUUGAAGGGAAGCGUCCCUGUUUGUACGUUACUGUGAUAAUUCGUGUUCAUCACGAUGACCCUGGAGCUCCUUCUGACUCUCCAAUGGAAGGUCUGAUUAUGAUCAGCCUUAUCAGUGUUCCCAUUCAACAUUUAGUCAUCCCAUACCCCCUUUCCAUGGAUUACCAGGCCAAAUAUUCGAUUAUCCAAUACAUUCUGUUUUCUAACUAUGGCGGCCAAUUACAUUUGCCAUUUAAACAGUACUGUAAUCAUGUAAGUGAACAAAAAAAGAACUCCAAAAGGAUGCUUCCCUUAUGCUCAGUGUUUAUCACCCCAACACCAACACCCUGGGAGCUGCAGGUCAGAGAGAGUCAGUGAUUGCAAAGGUAGAAGCAAAGG